AUGCCGGAUACUCCACCCAGAGGGCUACUGAUCAAAUUGCUGGCAUCUGGAGUGUGCCACAGUGAUCAGCCGCUUCUAGAUGUCGAAAAUCGUCCAAAAUUCAAUGAAAAGUAUAUCCUUGGCCAUGAAGGAUGCGGCGAGAUUAUAAGGAUUGGUUCACGAGUCAAAGACGUCAGGUUUAAGGUUGGUGACCGGAUCGCUCUUCUUGCCGUUCCAGGCUGUGGGUUAGACAAUUGCUCAGAAUGUUCGCGUGAUCUACCGCAACUAUGCGCCGAUGGUGUGCACCACGGGAUUGGCCAGGAUGGAUUCUAUGCGCAAUACGUAGCAGUAGAUAUCCGUGCUGCAAUUCUUCUGCCAAGUGGAAUUCCAUCAGGUGUGGUAGCAGUUGCGACUGAUGCAGUAACUACAGCCUACCAUGGUAUUACUCGACGAGCAGAGGAGGAUUGGGUUUCCAAUGCCUUACAGAUUGUUCGAGUUAUCGGGGCUCGAGUGAUUGUAUCUGACUUGAGGCAAGAGAAACUGGAUUCUGCUUUAGAGAUAGGAGUUCCAGCAACAGACAUAGUUCCAGUUGGAAAGUCAGUGCAGGAUUUCAUCGAGGGAAGUGGAUUACAAGGCAAUAUCGAUACAGUUUUAGAGUUUGUGGGGGAGCAUCAGACGUUCCAAGACGCACUGCAAAUUGUUCGCCCCGGAGGGAAGAUCCUAUGUAUCGGUACACUGGAUCGCAUAAAUGAGCUGGGUAGGAAAAUGGGAAUUCGGAAACGACUGAGCAUUAUUUUCACUUACGGGGGGCAGUAUCAAGAUAUCGUAGAAGUACUUGACCUAAUCGCAAAAAAGAUCAUCUUGCCUCAGGUGGAAAUGGGUCGACUCCAGGAUUUUCCGGAAGUCUUGAGAGACUUAAGAGCAGGCAAAAUCAAAGACCGAGUAGCCUUGGUCUUUGACACGGAAGCUUAA